AUGGCAUUAAAACGUUUCAUUGGAAGAAGAGGGGUGCGCCGGAAAAUAUAUUGUGACAAUGCCACUAAUUUCGUUGGAGCCAAUAAGGAACUCGCUGAACUAAAAAAUGCUGUGUUCGAUGAAAGAAGCCAAGAAAAAAUACAGGGUGUUUGCUGUUCGUACAAUAUCGAUUUUAAGUUCAUCCCACCACAAGCCCCACACUUCGGUGGAUUGUGGGAAGCUGCCGUUAAGUCAGCAAAAAAUCUAUUUAAACGAAGUGCAUCGAACGGCAGUGUUACAUAUGAAGAGUUAGAAACACUCAUAAUAGAAAUCGAAGCGAUUUGGAAUUCGAAACCACUAACUCCGACGUCAUCAGAUGCUAACGACCUAACUGCCAUAACUGCUGGGCAUAUCUUAAUCGGUGAUCCCCUCACUGCAACAUGUUGA